AUGGCUGAGAUCGCAGCUGGAGCCCUUGCCGUCGAGCAGGUCGUCUCCACCAGUAUCCAGGCUGGAGCAGCCGUCGCCGUCGCCAAACCUGCCCAGCCCUUCAAAGCCUCUCUCAAUCGAAUUGCCACCUCCCCAGCCGAGGACACCACACUAGCACUUGCAAGGUCCCACCACUCAGUCACCGUCAUUGGCGACAAGGCCUACAUCUUCGGCGGCGAGCAAUCCAACGGGAAACUCUGCAACACCGACGUCCACGCUAUCUCACUCCCAUCCGACACGAAGCCUGACUCCGAGUACGCCUGCUAUCCAGCAUUCCCUCUCAAGGAGGCCACAACAGGAGAGCUGCUGGUCCCUUCACCUCGAAAAGGCCACGCGGCAUGUGCGCGGGGCAAGUACGUCCUUAUCCAUGGAGGCAGUGACGAGACUGGCAAGCCAAUCGACGAGGACGCUUGCCUGUGGCUGUGGGACUCGGAGACGCUGAGGUGGGCCAAGGUCCAUGCAGCCACGCAAAUUGGCAAGGCACUGGCCCCAAGGGAGGGACAUAGUAUAUUCGUGGACGAAAAGCAGGAGUUCCUAGUCCUCCAUGGUGGCAAGACAUCGGGGUCCUCUGGCCAGGCUGGAGAAACUUGGCUCUACGACUUUGAUGCAGUAGCCUGGACGCAGCUGCCUUCCUCCCCUGCCUCACCAUCGAGCUCAGCCUUUGUCAACAACACUCUAUACAGCCUCACGAGCGACUCGGCCUUGAGCGGGUCCAUACACUUCCUGAACCUGGGACCAAACGCGACGGAGAGGGCGAAGCCCGACGCACUGAAGUGGGAUAAGGUCGACUUCCCAGCCAAUCCUCUCGUUCCCGGGCCCAGCUCAAGAGUCGGCGCUGCCCUGAUCCCUCUGUCAACAGGAUAUGGACGGCAUUAUCUGGCUUACCUGCUCGGGAAAAGCGACACGCAGGGCAAGGAGAACGAGGACCACCCGUACUACUCUGAUAUCUGGUCACUACAGCUCCCCUCUCAAGGCUUCAGCAUGACCACGGUGAAAGACGCCAUCCGUGAUCAUCUCCCCGGUCAUGUGGAUUCGGGCGCAUUCAGCUGGGCUGAAAUCGAAAUCGUGCCGACUGAGCAGGUGGAGCAUGAGGGAAAGGUUCACCCCGGUCCGAGGGCUUUCUUCGGUGCAGGGCCCUGCCUGAAUGGUAAAGGUGUUGUGUUCUGGGGAGGGGUCAAUGCCAAGAGCGAUAAGGAGGCUGAUGGGUGGGUUUUGAAGGUUAAGUGA